UAGGGGGCAGCCCGGCGCCUGCGGCCCUGCGUGCGGGCCGGCCGCCUGCCUGCCUGCCUGCCUGCCGCCGCCGCCGCCAUGGAUUACCGGGCGGUGGCGAUGAGCCAGGCCGUGCCCGGGCAGUUUGACGAUGCGGAGUGCUCCGACGGUGAAUUUACAGAAGACACAGAAACAGCUAAAGAAGGCGAGGUCACCGAGAAUUGCCAGUCAUGCAUGUGUGAAGAAGUUAACACUGAGGAAGGAGAUGAUGAUGAUGAUGACGACAACGAUGAUGAAGGGGAAGAUGAAGACUGGGACUGGGAUGAUGAGGUGGGAAGACUCAUGAAGCGCCACAAUGCUGCUGGUGGAUGCAAUCCACAGGCAAAUAGACAGACCCCUAGUUGCUAUUCAGCAAAAAUGUCUACCCCUACAGACAAGGCUUUAAGGAAAUUUGAACAUAAAAUUAAUUUAGAUAAGUUAAAUUUUGAUGACUCUGUUAUAAACAGAGUCACAGAAAAGUCUAGACAGAAGGAAGCAGACAUGUACCGAGUCAAAGACAAGUCAGACAGAGCAACAGUAGAACAGGUGUUGGAUCCAAGGACCCGAAUGAUUUUGUUCAAGAUGCUAACUAGAGGUGUCAUAUCAGAAAUCAAUGGCUGCAUCAGCACAGGGAAAGAAGCUAAUGUAUAUCAUGCCAGUACUGCGAAUGGAGAGAACAGAGCAAUAAAGAUUUACAAAACCUCUAUUCUGAUGUUUAAAGAUCGGGAUAAGUAUGUGAGUGGUGAAUUCAGAUUUCGUCAUGGAUAUUGCAAAGGCAACCCAAGAAAAAUGGUGAAGACAUGGGCUGAAAAAGAAAUGAGGAAUUUAAUAAGGUUGAAUACAGCCCAGAUACCUUGCCCAGAGCCAAUUAUGCUAAGAAGUCAUGUGCUUGUCAUGGGCUUUAUUGGUAAAGGUGAUAGGCCUGCUCCUUUGCUGAAGAAUGCUCAGUUAUCUGACUCCAAAGUCCGGGAGCUGUACCUGCAAAUCAUCCAGUACAUGAGAAGAAUGUAUCAAGAUGCCAGGCUUGUUCACGCAGAUCUCAGUGAAUUUAAUAUGCUGUAUCACAGUGGCGAUGUAUACAUCAUUGAUGUGUCUCAGGCAGUGGAGCAUGACCACCCACAUGCGCUGGAGUUCCUGCGAAAGGAUUGUGCCAACGUUAAUGACUUUUUCCAGAAGCACAAUGUUGCAGUGAUGACUGUGAGGGAGCUGUUUGAGUUUAUUACUGAUCCUUCUAUCACAAGUGAGAACAUUGAUGACUAUCUGUCUAAGGCAAUGGAAAUAGCAUCGAAACGAACAGAGGAGGAAAGAUCCAGUCAAGAUAAAGUGGAUGAGGAAGUGUUUAAGAAGGCUUACAUACCUCGAACUUUGACUGAAGUUAAAAACUAUGAGAGAGAUGUGGAUAUAAUGAUGAAAUUGAAAGAAGAGGAUAUGGCAUUGAAUGUUCAGCAAGAUAAUAUUCUCUACCAGACUGUGACAGGACUGAAGAAGGAUUUGUCUGGUGUUCAGAAGAUUCCUGCACUUCUUGAAAAGAAGGCAGAUGAGUCAGAAACGGACUCUGAUGAUGAUGAUGGCAGCUCAGGGGACUCCGAUUUGGGCUGUAAAGAAUCUGUACAUCCCAAAGAUAAACCUGCUGAAGUUAGCAUGGACAAAAAGGAAAGGAAAAAGAUGGUUAAAGAAGCCCAGAGAGAGAAGAGAAAAACCAAAAUCCCAAAGCACGUGAAGAAGCGGAAAGAAAAGACUGCAAAAAUGAAGAAAGGCAAAUAGAAUCAGCUUUGGCUUGGGGAAAGGGAUGGUUUGUUAUGGGUUUUAGUCACCAUCUUUUUUUUUUUUUCUUAAAUUAAAGUCCUUUAUUUAUAUACAUACAC